CGAGGUAGUAGUGUAGCUCGAGAGAGUCUCUCGGGAGGCUGGAUUAGCCACAAGUUGUGGUGAACCAGGGUAAAAUCGGUGUGCCUCUUACUCUUCUCUUUACUUCUCGUUUAUUCAUCAUUUUUAUUCCUGCAAUUUUUGAUCAAACGCUAUUCACCCCCCUCUAGCGUUAGUCUCUUAUUCUAACAAUUGGUAUCGGAGCCUAACUCGCGUCCAAACUUAACCGUUUUAGAUUAAAGCGAUCAUGGGCUCUUCUUCUAGAAAUCUCUAUGCAGGAAUUGGAGAAGGUCAAUCAACUUCUAGGCCACCACUUUUUGAUGGCACCAACUACUCUUAUUGGAAUGAACAGAUGAGAAUCUACAUUCGUUCCACCAACUUCCAAUUGUGGUUGGUGAUCAAAAAUGACGAGGAAAUCCCUAUGAAGAAAGUGGGAGAAACCACGGUCCCAAAGACCGAAAACGAAUUUGAUGCCGAGGUCAUCAAGAAGAUUGAAAACUAUGCAAAGGCCAUCAAUAUGCUAUAUUGCGCGGUCAACCCCGAUGAUUACCGAAAGAUCUCCUGUUGCACAACCGCCAAGGAGAUGUGGGACAAGCUUGAAGUGACGUACGAAGGUACCAAUCAAGUUCGCGAAGCCAAGAUCGAUUUUCUCACCCAAGAGUACGAAAUGUUCCGGAUGAAAGAAGGUGAGAAAAUUGAUGACAUGUUCGACCGUUUUUCAAAGAUCAUCAACGACCUUCAUGCUCUCAAAAAGACUUACACCAACAAGGAUCUCGUGAGGAAAAUCCUGCGAAGCCUCACACCCGAAUGGAGGUCAAAAGCCGAUGCAAUCUAUAAAUCCAUUGGAGUCUCCAACGUCACCAUCGACGGGCUAAGAGGUAACCUUAAAACCUAUGAAUCUACUAUUCUAACCCCGUCUUUGGAUGAACAAAAGAAAAAGGGGAUAGCUCUCAAAGCCACCAAGGAACCGGUGGAAGAGGCUUCAAGCGAUGACGACAAUGAAUUCGGGCUCGUCAUCAAGAAGUUCCACAAGUUCAUGAAGAAGGAAUUUGAGCGGAAGGGAAGGAAGCACGACGGUCCUCCCAAGUGCUACGGCUGUGGCGAGAUUGGCCACAUCAAGCCAAGAGGUAACCUUAAAACCUAUGAAUCUACUAUUCUAACCCCGUCUUUGGAUGAACAAAAGAAAAAGGGGAUAGCUCUCAAAGCCACCAAGGAACCGGUGGAAGAGGCUUCAAGCGAUGACGACAAUGAAUUCGGGCUCGUCAUCAAGAAGUUCCACAAGUUCAUGAAGAAGGAAUUUGAGCGGAAGGGAAGGAAGCACGACGGUCCUCCCAAGUGCUACGGCUGUGGCGAGAUUGGCCACAUCAAGUCAAGGUGUCCAAAGGCCAAACACGGCAAGAAUAAGCCUGGCUUCAAGAAGCAAAGGGCCUACAUCUCUUGGGGUGGCGAUUCCGGCGACGAAUCAACCGACCAAGAGGAGGACGAAGCUGCAAAUCUCUGCCUCAUGGCGCACAAAGAUCAAAGCGACGACGUCCAAGAGGACAAGAGCAGGGUUGCCACCUCCGGGAAAUCAAAGUCCAAAUCCCGGGCGCCUACGACAUCCACCGAGGAACGCCUCUACUAUGGUGACGGGUCAUACCUUUGGUUUGAUUCCGAGGAGGAACGCACCCGUUUCCUCACCUUCUUCUCUAAACGGGUUGUGGCUCCUCCACGGAUCAUCCCGGAGCGCUACCCGGAGCUGCAGGGCUACGACGACCUCGACGCGCAGCUUCAUCAGGCCGGCCUUUGGCCUUUCGUCUCCCGGGCUCGGAAGGAGAUCAACCCAGCGCUGAUUCGGGUCUUCUACUCCAACCUCCGGCGUGAGGGCGACGUGCUCUAUUCUCUUGUCAAGAGCACGCCGAUAGAACUUUCAAUUAAGCUGCUUGGGCGCAUCGCCAGCCUCCCCUACCAAGGCGACAACGUCUCCCUCUAUGGCGGAGAGGACUGGGUGCUCAACAACGAGGGCCUUAUCCUCAACGAGCUUGGGAUCACCGAGCUCAUCCGCCAUGCCUCGGGCCGCCCAACCAUCCACUCCGCUCACCCCGAAGGCCAUCUUCUUCUCUACAUCGUCUCCCGGAUCAUCAAACCCAGGAAGCACGGCCACACCAUCAUGUCCGGUGAAGACCUCAAGCUCAUCCAUGCGAUCAUGCACUCGGCCCCAAUCAAUUGGGCAAAGUUUGUCAUGAUCAACAUGACGAUUGCCGCGUCCACCGACCACGAUCACCUCCUCCCGUACCCGUUCGUGGUGAUGGACAUCCUUGAAUGGUUCAAGGUGACCACCACCGUUGGCCCACUCACAAAGGCCACGAAGAUUUGGGCGAUCAGCACCCAAACCUUCAAGAAGCGGUCGGACAACGCCGGACGUGCCACUGUCGUGCCACGGCCCCGUUCUGCUGCUGGCCCAGCCGAACCCCAGGCCCGGUCCAACCUUGCCUCCAUUGAUGACUCUCUCAACCGGCUGCACUUCAAAGUUGAUGGGAUGGAUGGCUACCUUGAAAGACUUGACGAGGCAGUCCAACGUCAAGGGUACGCCAUGAACGCGUACUUCCAACACGUUAACUACGUCCCCCCAUCGUACCAUGUCAUGUUCUUUGGGCAGGUGUACGGUGACGAGGACGAAGAUGAUGCCUCCUACGACCCGUCAAGCUCCCUGGACGAGGACGAGUUCGACGACGCCGUUGCCAGUGAUGAGAUGGACGUCGACGACGAGGAGGAGGAAACCGAAGACGAAGACUAGGACGCCCCUAGAAUUUCUAUCUCUUUUAUUUUAAUUAUCCUGUUUUUUUUAAAUGCUUCCGUUGUACUCCGCUAUUUCCCUUUUUUCAAUAAAUACAAGUUAUCCUC